GCUCUGCGGCUCUCGCGGUGUUUGCGCGAGACUGCGCCCUUCCUUCCUCCCGGCUAGGCGGCCGCUUUCCUCUCCUUCCCCGCCCGGUCUCCCCUCCUUCCCCGCGGCCCAUCUCCGCGGGCUAAUAUGGUCUCCGGCCAUGGACGCCCCAAGUGCAGGAUACACCUUUGAGUACCUUAUUGAAACAUUAAAUGACAGUUCAUGCAAGAAGUUCUUCAAUGUACCUAAACUUGGAGGCACCAAGUAUGACGUUCUGCCUUACUCAAUACGGGUCCUGUUGGAAGCUGCUGUGAGAAACUGUGAUGGCUUUUUAAUGAAAGAGGAAGAUGUUAUGAACAUUUUAGACUGGAAAACCAAACGGAGCAAUGUUGAAGUGCCCUUUUUCCCUGCCCGUGUACUUCUUCAAGAUUUCACUGGAAUACCCGCAAUGGUGGAUCUUGCUGCUAUGAGGGAGGCAGUGAAAACUCUUGGAGGUGAUCCUAAGAAAGUUCAUCCUGCCUGUCCCACAGAUCUCACAGUUGACCAUUCUUUACAGAUUGACUUCAGUAAAUGCACAAUACAGAACGCUCCCAAUCCUGGAGGUGGGGACCUGCAGAAAGCAGGAAAGCUCUCUCCACUUAAAGUGCAGCCCAGGAAGCUCCCUUGCAGAGGCCAGACUGCCUGCCGAGGGCCCUGCGAUUCUGGAGAGCUGGGCCGAAGCUCAGGAAGAUCAUCUUCCCAGAUUGAGAACACACCCCUUCUGUGUCCUUUUCAUUUGCAACCAGUGCCUGAACCUGAAACAGUAUUAAAAACUCAAGAAGUAGAAUUCGGCAGAAAUCGAGAGAGGCUUCAAUUUUUCAAGUGGUGUUCAAGAGUGUUUAGGAAUGUGGCUCUAAUCCCCCCUGGAACUGGAAUGGCUCAUCAAGUGAACUUGGAAUACUUGUCGAGAGUGGUUUUUGAAGAGAAGGACCUCCUCUUCCCAGACAGCGUUGUUGGCACGGACUCUCAUAUAACCAUGGUGAAUGGUUUGGGGAUCCUGGGGUGGGGGGUUGGAGGCAUUGAAACAGAAGCAGUUAUGCUCGGGCUGCCCGUUUCUCUUACAUUACCGGAGGUGGUUGGGUGUGAGUUAACUGGCUCAUCAAACCCUUUUGUUACAUCCAUAGAUGUUGUUCUUGGCAUUACAAAGCACCUCAGGCAAGUAGGAGUGGCUGGAAAGUUUGUUGAGUUUUUUGGAAGUGGAGUUUCACAGUUAUCUAUAGUGGAUCGAACUACAAUAGCAAACAUGUGUCCAGAAUAUGGUGCUAUCCUCAGCUUUUUCCCUGUUGACAAUGUGACAUUAAAACAUUUAGAACAUACAGGUUUUGACAAAGCCAAACUCCAAUCAGUGGAAACCUACCUUAAAGCUGUGAAGUUGUUUCGAAAUGACCAGAAUAGUUCGGCAGAACCUGAAUAUUCCCAGGUGAUCCAGAUUAACCUGAAUUCGAUAGUUGCAUCUGUCAGUGGUCCAAAAAGACCGCAGGAUAGAGUGGCAGUGACAGAGAUGAAAAGUGACUUCCGAGCUUGCUUAAGUGAAAAGGUUGGCUUCAAAGGCUUCCAGAUUGCAGCUGAAAAGCAGAGUGAUGCCGUUUCUGUUCACUAUGAAGGAAGUGACUAUCUGCUGUCGCAUGGGUCUGUGGUCAUCGCGGCAGUUACCAGCUGCACCAAUAACUGCAACCCAUCUGUCAUGCUUGCCGCAGGCCUUUUGGCUAAAAAAGCUGUUGAAGCCGGUCUGCGUGUGAAACCAUAUAUAAGAACAAGUUUAUCACCAGGCAGUGGGAUGGUCACACAUUACCUCAGUUCCAGUGGAGUGUUACCGUAUCUGAGUCAGCUCGGAUUUGAGGUAGUUGGCUACGGAUGUUCCACAUGUGUGGGAAAUACAGCGCCCUUGUCAGAAGCAGUUCUGAAUGCAGUGAAGCAGGGUGAUUUGGUUACUUGUGGAAUUUUAUCUGGAAACAAAAAUUUUGAAGGUCGUCUUUGCGAUUGUGUCCGUGCCAAUUAUCUUGCCUCCCCACCCUUAGUGGUCGCUUAUGCCAUAGCCGGCACCGUGAACAUAGAUUUCCAGACAGAGCCUUUAGGUACCGACCCCACCGGCAAGAAUAUCUACCUGCAUGACAUUUGGCCUAGCCGAGAAGAAGUCCAUGAGAUAGAGGAAGAGUGUGUUAUAGUGUCCAUGUUUAAAGUGCUCAAAGAGAAAGUGGAGAUGGGUGAUAAGCGGUGGAAUUCCUUAGAAGCACCGGAUUCCAUUUUGUUUCCGUGGGAUUCAAAGUCCACUUAUAUCAGAUGUCCCUCAUUUUUUGACAAGCUUACCAAAGAGCCAGUUGCCCCCCAGCCUAUUGAAAAUGCCCACGUGUUACUGCAUCUGGGAGACGCAGUUACAACAGACCACAUCUCACCUGCUGGGAGCAUCUCCAGGAGCAGUGCUGCUGCUAAGUAUCUGACAAACAGAGGCCUUACCCCUCGUGAAUUCAACUCCUAUGGAGCCCGAAGAGGCAAUGAUGCUGUGAUGACAAGAGGCACUUUUGCAAAUAUCAAGCUUUUUAAUAAGUUUAUUGGAAAACCGGCUCCCAAAACGAUUCAUUUUCCCUCUGGACAAACACUAGAUGUAUUUGAGGCUGCAGAGCUGUACCAGAAAGAAGGCAUCCCAUUGAUAAUUUUAGCAGGAAAGAAAUAUGGUUCAGGAAAUUCCAGAGACUGGGCUGCCAAAGGACCAUAUUUGCUGGGUGUGAAAGCUGUUUUGGCUGAAAGUUACGAAAAAAUUCACAAAGAUCACUUGAUUGGAAUUGGCAUAGCUCCGCUUCAGUUCCUUCCAGGAGAAAAUGCAGAAUCCUUGGGCCUCUCCGGCAGGGAAACAUUUUCUUUAACAUUUCCUGAAGAGCUGUCUCCUGGAGUUACGUUAAGUGUGAAGACAAGCACUGGGAAAGUGUUCAGCGUGAUUGCUUCAUUUGAAAAUGAUGUGGAAAUAACAUUGUACAAACAUGGAGGAUUAUUAAACUUUGUGGCACGAAAGUUCUCAUAGUAUCUACUCACCAUGGAUACCUUUCCAGACUGGUAACUGCAAACCAAGCCUUUUGUGCUGGACCCAGGAAACCUCACCGUGGAGCUACAGGUAGUCCCAGAAGCUCACUUAUCUCAUCCAUGGGUGACAUGAAUUAUGAAUCAAGUAGUGACAGAAUGAAAUCUUGAUUUUAAAUACUAUCGAAUGGUGCUAUUAACAUUGCUAAUAUCAGCGUGUGAAGUGUGUUGUGGAAGAGACUGGUAAGUAUGAGGGGUGUUUUAUCAGACUGUUUGUAAAUAAAGGCAGAAUUUGAGCUUGUGUUGAAGAUUCUUAUAUGAAUAACCUUCCUGAAGUUGUUUGUUUAGUUUUGCAUCUAUAAAACUGUAUACGACUGUUUGUUGGUUUAAGGGUAGGAGAUUAAAACAUAAGAAGCCAGAUUAGACUGUAAAAUGUGGAAGUUGGAAUCUGAUUAAUAAGUGGACUUCCGGGUAUAUUAAUUCCUUUUCAGAAUUGUGCUGGAUGUAGUUGCCUCUCUUAGUUUGUAACAUAAGCCAGGGUUACCCUCAGUCUCAGUCUAACUUGUAGGGAUAGAACCUGCCCCAGAUACAGUCACUGUCCAGUUCAGCAAAAUUUCCUCCACAUGCGAGGAUGAACUGUGACAGGACACCAGAGAGUGUAGCCCCCUCCACCGCAGGUUAACAGCGACAUUGUGUCAUGUUUGCAGGCCUUAAUUAUUCGGAGACCUCUGGCAGGACUCAGCUGGCAUCAGCUUUAGUGGAUUAGAUUAUUUUGCUCACCGUACGUGGUACUGUCACUUUCUAUGACCUAAUAUUUUAGGUGUUGUUAACCAAAAUUCCACCCUCAUUUGGAGUUGCUAAAGAGAGCUGUAUUUAAUCAUUAAACACUAAAAUGAUUUCCUCUAGAUUUUUAAAUUAUCCUCCCUGAAUUAUAUGGUUGCUCAGCCCUUUAAAACAUUGGUUAUUUCUUAAUUAUUUAGGUUGAUUUCCUGUCAUUUUGAAUCAUUGUUUUACCUGGGGUGUAUGAUUCUGUUUGUGGUGUUACGCUUUUUUUGUUUUAAUCAAAGCUGACCAUCAGGAUAAAACACUGAAGUUGUUGCUCAGCACCGUAUUUUCUCUAGAUGCAUGUCUAUUUACCACCUCGAAUGCUCUGUCACCAAGAAGUUCAGCAGCUUUCAAGAAAAAGGUUGGAUAAUGAAUUCCAGAAAGUCCUAUUCCCCUUUUUUAAUCAAGAAAUUAACUUUCAUGGCAAAAGGCAAUUGCAAUGAUUUUUUUUUACAUAAAGAUCUUCAAUGUGACCUAAUUAAGUUACUGCAAUUCAGCAUUAGUUCACAUUGCACAGAAUAAAGAAUUCCUUGUUUUAAAAUGCUGAAACUGUGACACCAGUGGGAGAAGACCACUGAGACCUUUGCACAUAAUCAUACAAUCUUUUCAAAAUAUUCUGCAAAUAUGUGUUUAGACAAUUAGAUGGGCUAGGGUUUAACAAUUUCCCUUUAUUUAAAAUUUUUAUAAGUAUUUUCUGUGGUACUUUCAUAUCAAAUUGUGUUCUUGAUAUUUUAUUUUUCUGUGUAUUUGUCAGUGCAUGUGUUUCUAAUUUACAUGAAAACAUGAGUUAAGGAUGGAGAAUUUCCAAGUUGAAUGUUGAAAUACCUGUGAUAGGCUUUGAAGAAGUGAUAAUUCCAGAUCAGCGGUCGGCAUCUAUAUUAUUUUUAAGCAUAUUGUAAUAGAGAGCCUAUGGGCAGAGGCAUGGGCUUCGUGAUAAACCCUGAUCCAGGAGAUGAAGAUGAUGAAGCUAGCUAUGAAUUAAACACUUGAAUUUCCAGUCUGCCUAGUCCAGUAAUUGUACAAGCAAAUCUUAUAUUUCAGGAACAGAAUCAAGGGUCUCUUAAUCUCUUGCUUAUAUACAAUGAACCAAAAAGCUUGAUAAGCAUGGAUAUCAAUUGGGAAGGGGAAUCGUGGGUGUAUGUCCCAAUGUGUACCUUAUAAUUCUGCCUCUUGCCAAGUACUGUUUGCAAAAAUGUGGCAUAUGUUGGUUUUUAUUGUUUUAUCUCCUUUGUUAUCUAUGUCUGGGUAAUAUGUUUAAAAAAUAUAUUGUGGAAAGGUCAUAUAAUGGUUACAUAAGAGAAGAAAGUAAGUGUUGUAGAGUUAAAGCACAUUAUGCUGCAUACCGUUGCCAUAUUUCAUGCCUUUGGGUUUUGUUACUCUUAUGAAAUGGAAUCAGUUAAAGUGGCAUCCAACCUCUGAAUUGCCAUAAUUAUACCUAAAGUUUCCAGGCUGGCAGUUGUCAUUAUUUCUUGUCGUACCUCCAGAUGUCCAAGGCGACAUUUGCAUGAGUGGUAUUAGGAUCCCUUUAGUCAGAUUGCUCAGUUUUCGCUGGUGAUCACACUUCAGUGGUACUAAAGGGGAAACAGUGCAGCUAAGACCUAGAUCGGAGUCACAGUCAUUCGCAUACAAUGGUAACAGUGUGUGUGCAUUGCCUUCUCGGUGAUGAGUGACAGGUGGGGAGAAAUGAAUUCACUGACAUUUUUCUGUUGAAUUAAAAGACACCUUCCUUUUGCCUUUUGGUUUAGGAGAAGGUUCUAAGGUACUGGGUGUCAACUCUAUCUGAGUUUGAUUUGGAGUAGUGAAGAGAGGGGAAGGAGAUGGACUUAGGUUUCUUCAGUGGCCUUCUCCUAAGGUGUGAUAGUGCCGAUGUUUCUAUCAAUUUUACACAGAAUAUGUGACUAUGAAAACAUGUAUCUCACGUAAGUAACUACAAAUUGUCAAUUAUUUAAAGCCAACAAAACAGUGUAGCAGUUUUAAGUUCAAUGAUGUUAAGUAUUGUAUAGAAAUAUAUUGGAGGCAAAGUUCAGUUCAUGACAAUUGUGUAUAUGUUAUUGAUGCUGUAAAUUAUUUUUAAUAAAGAAAAUUGUAUUAUCACAUA